AUGGCCUCCAACACCGCUAACGGCGCCGCCCCCGCCAAGUCCAAGUUCGACCCCAACUUCACCCAGCAUGUCGUUGACUUGAUGUCUCCCGAGACCAAGCCCCGCCACCGCGAGAUCCUCACCUCCCUCAUCAAGCACAUGCACGACUUCUGCCGCGAUGUCGAGCUCACCCAGGACGAGUGGAUUCUCGGCGUCAACUACGUCAACUCUCUCGGCCAGGCCUACAAGAAGAACCGUAACGAGACCUGGAGGGUGUGCGACAUUCUCGGCAUUGAGUCUCUCGUUGACGAGAUCAACCACAAGAUCGAGACCGAGGCCGGCCGCGAGCCCACCUCCUCCACCAUUCUCGGACCCUUCUGGUCCCCCGAGACCCCCUUCCGCGACCUCGGCGCCAGCGUCGUCCAGAACAUGCCCGCCGACGGCCAGCUCACCUUCUUCCACGGCACCAUCUUCGACGUCGACACCGGCAAGGGCAUCCCCAACGCCGUCUUCGACAUGUGGCAGGCGUCCACCAACGGCAAGUACGACGUCUUCGACCCCGAGAACCAGACCCGCCACAACCUCCGCGGCAAGUUCCGCACCAACGAGGAGGGCAAGUUCUGGUUCUACUGCCUCAAGCCCACCGAGUACGCCAUCGACACCUCGGGCCCCUCCGCCGAGCUCCUCCGCAUCAUGGGCCGCCACCCUUUCCGCCCCGCUCACAUCCACAUGAUGGUCACCCACGACGACUACAUUGGCGUCACCGCUCAGCUCUACCCCAGCGACGACCCUUACCUGUCCACCGACACCGCCUGCGCUGUCAAGGAUGAUCUCCUCCUGACUUUCAAGCCCGUCGAGAACGAGCCCAAGGGUGCCAUCCUUGACGUUGAGUACAACGUCCGCCUCUGCUCCAAGUCCUACAAGCCUGACUCCACCAUGCUUAUGGGCAACGCCAACCAGAACAAGUUCUAA